UUUUUUUAAAUAUGGGAAUAAUUUGCAGCACGUUGUUGGAUGAUGAUUUUACUAAUCAAUACAAAAGAAUUCACGGGAAUGCCCAUUCCGUGAGACUUCACCCACCAAAGGAGAAGAAGAGAGCUGAAUACCUAAUCAGUGAAAUUCAACCCGAAAGAGUGAACGAGGAGAAGCCUCAAAAUGGACAAGUAGAUCUUUGUCCAUGGACCGCCAUGAACGGUCCCCCGUCCGCUCAAGUCCAGGCUGCUGAGAAGCUAGCCAAAAGAAAACUCAAGGCCGCCCUUAAAAUUGUUGAAGCCAAGAAAGAUGCCGCUCCAGCAAGAAUGUACAUGGCUUUGAGAAGAUAAUACUCUUUACAUUCAAAUUCAGGCACAAUUACUCUUUUAAA